AUGGUCGAUCCUUGGACCAGCUACAGGUCGCGCCAGAAAAGCUGCAAAGCUUGUGUCCGCAGCAAACGGCGCUGCGACAAGCGAACUCCGCAGUGCACUCGCUGCGCUGAGAGAGGCUUACCUUGUCUUUACCACAAGAACCCCGCGGCGUCUGGUUCGGACAACUCCGCCGUGGAUGUCGACUUCGGAGAUCAUAUCAUUGCACCUGACGAGUCGUCCAUAGUCCCUGGCGGCGAGUUUGGAUCUGACAACCCUUCAAUACGUGGGCCUCCUCUGUUCCAAGAGCCGUUUGCCUCCAAUGCUACUGGCGCGGACAACUCUCAGAUGCCGCUCGUCGGCCCAACACCCUCAUUUGACCUGUCCUUUUUUAACUUCGACAACCCCAUGAAUUAUAUGACAGACACACCCCAAGGCUUUGACAUGCAGCCGUGGCACGCUCUAGCGAUCCAGGACCAGGCAAGCACGACCGCGGUAUCCAGGAUGUCCAGCUCGCCACUGCACGCUAAUCACCGAUUUCCCAUAGAUGAAAGCCGCGAUGUUUCUGAAGACUUCCAGCCUUGGAGGCUCUACCAGUCGGACUCCAAGAUCGGUUUCAUGACAAAGUCAAUUAAGGAGAUACCUAGUGUCUUUGUCCGCACUAAGGAGACACCGUUCCUCCACCGCCACCUCUAUCGUCAAGACACUCCGCGCUCUAUAAUCACCCUGUACGCCGCAGUGUCUGCAUAUGUCGCUCACAACGACAGCAAUCGUGACUGGGCUCUGCGUGUCCUUUCCGAGGGAGUCGAUGAUCUCCUGGCGGUGUACAAGGAAGUAGCACACAGUAGUCAUCGCCACAUGAUGACACAAUCGCACGAGUCGACGGCCACUACGACAGCGCAUGCUCAGGCUCAGAGCCUGGCUGAUGUGGGGACUGGCGCGGCGAAUACAGUAUAUGAAAAACUAGCGGACACGCAGGCUCUCUGGAUGUACCAGGUUUUGAGGUUAUUCGAUGGGGAUAUCGGGCUCCGCGCCCAGGCAGAGCAGGAUAUGACUAUUCUUGAAGCAUGGCUCCUCGAGCUCGAACAGUACAGAGACAACUUGGCAGAAAUGUCUCUCCUGGAAGAAGCCGAAGUGAGGCAGGCGGCCCCCAAGUCGUGGGAAAGUUGGAUCCUCAACGAGUCCCUCCGACGCACCAUCCUCAUGGGCUACACAUUUAUUGCCUUCUAUGCACUGCUCAAGUGGUCCGGUUCCAAGAACACCAACAUGCCUGACCCGGGACACUUUGUACGCGUGCACCGAUGGACGGCAUCUGGCCUCCUGUGGAGAGCUGAUAGCAGCCCCGCCUUCUUCCUCGCGUGGCAUGGACAACGGCAGAUAUUUGUGCAGAACUUUUUUAUCGAGGACUUUGCUAAGGUGGCUAAGCCUGUGGAUGUCGAUCCCCUCUCAUGGAUCAUGCUUGCUGCGUGA